AUGGAGAAGCAGCUGCAUCUGAACCUGCUAGCAUCCAGACCCCCUGUGGCAGGCGGGUUUCAGUCCGGCUCCAAAAUGAAAAUGGGACCUGGACGGAAGAAAGACUUCACCCCUUUGCUCUGGAGUCAGUACUUUGAAACCAUAGAGGACGUGGAGGUGGAGAAUGACAACGACAAAGAUAUUUUCAGAGUUUACUGCAGCGGCUCCAGUGGCCCUGUGCUGCUGCUGCUCCACGGAGGAGGCCACUCUGCGCUGUCCUGGGCCGUGUUUACUGCCGUCAUAUGCAGCAGGAUCAACUGCAGGGUGGUGGCGAUGGACCUCCGAGCUCACGGAGACACCAAAGUUAAAAAUCCAGAGGAUCUGUCUGCAGACACCAUGGCAAAGGAUGUUGGUAAAGUAGUAGAAGUCCUGUAUGGAGAGAGCCCCCCUCCGAUCAUGAUAAUCGGGCACAGUAUGGGUGGAGCCAUUGCCGUUCACGCAGCCAGCGCCAAUCAUGUGCCCUCCCUCCUGGGUCUCUGCGUCAUCGACGUCGUAGAAGGGACGGCCAUGGAUGCUCUGAACAGUAUGCAGAAUUUCCUCAGAAGUCGGCCAAAGACGUUCAAGUCUCUGGAGAACGCCAUCGAGUGGAGCGUGAAGAGUGGCCAGAUCAGAAACAUCGAAUCUGCUCGAGUCUCCAUGGGCGGCCAAGUGAAAAGAUGUGAGGAGUCUGCCAGCAAUCCAAGUGUCUCUAACAGCAUCGGCGAGGGCAUUAUAGAGGAAGAGGAGGAAGAACAAGGCCCAGAAGAAUCCAACAAAAAACGAAUGAAGGAGGACGACCAGGAGGUCAAAAAGGAAAGCUUCUACACCUGGCGAGUGGACCUGUCAAAGACGGAAAAGUAUUGGGACGGUUGGUUCAGAGGUCUGUCAGCCCUUUUCCUCAGCUGUUCUGUGCCAAAGCUGCUCCUGCUUGCAGGAGUGGACCGGCUUGACAAAGACCUCACCAUUGGACAAAUGCAAGGGAAGUUUCAGAUGCAGGUCCUGUCUCAGUGUGGUCAUACUGUUCACGAGGACGCACCAGAGAAAGUAGCAGAUGCUCUAGCAACGUUUAUGGUCCGGCACAAAUUCACUGAGUUUAAGGAAGGAUUUCUGUGCUAACUUCCUGUCCAGAUAAAGCCAGCCUGGCAUAGAAGAAAAGUUUCAAGAUUCAUUGCAAUCAUUGUGCAAAUUAAGAGCUAUUUAAGGAAAAUAUUACAUUAUCAUUAUGAUUGUUGUUUUGCAGCUUUUUGGUUCUGUAGAUAUUUUUGCCUUUCAGCUUUGCCUUGUUAAUUUCAAAACACUAUUUGAUUUUUUUUUUUUCUUUCUGUAUACUCCAUAUUUUUUAUUCACUGAGACGUAAAGCUCCUCUUGUUUAAGGUUAUAUUUUGAGUGAUUGCAUCAUUGUUUAUGUGUGUCUCUGACGUGUCAGUCCAAACUAUAAUGGCAAUGUUUAAAAAUUGACGCAAUAAAAGUAUUGUUCAACACUUUA